AUGUCUCUCUCUCUGUGCGUGUGUCUUUUACCCAUCAUCAGCCACGGACCGAUUCCUGCAUCACAGUCAUCACGCAAGGCGGCCGCGAAGGAGCGAAACGAAGCGGAUGCGAUGAUGCGAAAGUGGGAUCCCCUAAUUCCCCAUCCGCAUCACCAGCAUGUAAGGUACAUCACUCCCCCCCAAACCCCUGCUUCACGCGCUCGCAUCGCUCCGCGGGGGAAGAGGAAGAGGGAGAUGACGGCUGGCUGCUCUGUCACUCUGGCAGGCCUGACCUGA